CGCGUGAUCAGAGCUGCUUAGAAUUUUACAAUUUCAAUUUGACAUACUGCAUAAUGCAUGAGGAAGGGUACUCCUCGAGCGCCUGGCACAGCUCCGAGCCAUCCGACCCAAUUUCACCCUCUUCAUAUCGUCGGCCAUCGUUGACCUCACAUGAUGACUCUACUGAAUCUACCGGACAUGGACACCCAUUGCACUCCGGAUCUCCUCAGCCACGUAUAAGUUCAGAUUCUGGAGGAAUUUCUUCAGGAUCCAGAUGGCGAGACACACCAACUGCUUUAUCAGACUCACAGGAAAUUCCACCUCCAACUCCCGAGCUUGUAGAAACAGCAUUUGACGAGAACGUUCUGAGGGCUUUAUGUGAGAUGGACUGCGGAGUACCGUUGCUUCUCGAUCGUAUCAAGCAAAGUAUGGUCUCUUGCAGGGAGGCUUCAGUAUUCUUCAAGAAGCGGGCUCUUAUUGAAGAAGAAUACGGCAAAACUUUACAGAAGUUAGCUCGCACGACUACCGAGUUAUAUUCGAUGAAUGACGGAAAGGCCGGGAGUUUUGUCGCCGCUUGGCAGAAUUCUAUGAAAGUCCACGAAGUACUAAGCGAAAAUCGAAUCAGAUUUUCCCAGCGUUUGAAUGAGAUGAGCGAAGAACUGGCUAAUAUAGCAAAAGAGGUCGAUAAAAACAGGAAAUCAACCAAAGAGCUUGCCACUCGAUACGAACGCGCGCUUCAAGAAUCCGAGACAGCUACCGAAAAAUGCAAGAACCGCCUAGACGUCACCACUGAAGAGCUUGAACGAUUACUUUUACAGAAAGAGGGUGAAUCUUUCAAGGACAAUACCGUUCAAGCAAGAGCCGGUACUACUGGUGGAAAACGCGUGAUAGGCAAAGCCGUUGCCAAAGGCGGCUUACUUCUCAAAGGGAAAAACCCUGGAAAUAUUCAAAGACAAGAGGACGACAUAAGGUCUCGUAUGUCUGCUGCUUCCGAUGCAUUUCGGAAAGCUGUGAUUGAUACACAAGCAAUGCGGCAAGAAUACUUCAAUUUCCAGCUACCACGUAUCCUGCGGGCAUUGAAAGAAUGUUCGGACGAAAUUGAUCUAGGCACUCAGUAUCAUCUCACACGAUAUGCUUUUCUUUUUGAAAGUAUUCUCCUGAACGAUGGCUCAACACUAGUUCCUCCGAAAGACGAAGGGGGCCAUUCUGCUGGGCUGAAAACUGCAAUAGAAGCCAUCGAUAAUCGUGGCGACUUUAGAACGUAUAUGCAAAAUUAUGCCUACGCUCAUUCAGUUUCUCCGAACAGAGGGCCACGGCGUGAAGGCCCUUCAGAUGAAGGAUUCUUGCCCCCGUUGAGUUCGCACAAUUCAGAUAAACCGCCGACUUCAUCUACUUCGGCCACGCAUGUUAAUGGUUCCAACAGCCGUGACAAAAUUCACCUUACAUUCGGUAUUGACCUGGGAGAACAGAUGGCGAGGGAUGACGUAGAAAUACCUCUGAUUAUGAGGAAAUGUUGCGAAGCUAUCGAAAAAUAUGGACUGAAUGCACAAGGCAUCUACCGGCUCAGUGGCGCGACGAGCAAAGUUGCAAAAUUGAAACAACUUCUCGAUAAAGACCUGGAAGCUGUGAAUCUAGAUAAUCAUGAAUGGUCCUCAGAUAUCAAUAAUGUCACCAGCGUGCUGAAAAUGUGGCUUCGAGAACUUCCAGAGCCAUUGAUGACGUUCAGCUUGCAACAAGGAUUCAUUGAAGCUGCCAAAAUUGAAAAUGAUCGUCUUCGCCACAUCCGGCUUCAUGAAAGAGUGAACGAUCUACCUGAUCCUAAUUACGCCACCCUAAAAUAUCUCCUGGGACACUUGCACCGGAUCAAUCAACACGCUUCCGAGAAUUCAAUGACGAACCAGAAUUUAGCAAUAGUCUUCGGGCCAACUCUUUUUGGACAAUCAGCUCCCACUGCAGGCCCUUCGAGUAGCAUUGCAGAUGCUCCAUAUCAAAAUCAGGCAAUAGAGACGAUCCUCAACCACUAUACUGAUAUCUUUGUCGACGAUUCUGAAUGAUUCAUUCGAACCCCGAACCCCCUUUGGUACCCAUCACGAGUCAUUACGCCCUAGUAUUUUUGGACUUUAUGUUGUUAUCUUUAGCAGUUAUUGGGCUUCUGUAAUAUCUAUGUUUAGCUGUAGGAUCAGCUCUAAUACGCACAAGCUGAUGAGCCAUAUAAUAGAACUUGUCUCUUGGAGGAUCAGUCAAUUGCCUCGCCAA